AAAAUAUAUUGAAUAGUUACUUAUUUAUGCGCAAAAAGAUAAGAAAACUAAAUCAAAUAAAUUAAAGAGGUAUAAUUAUGUCUAGUGCGUAGUCCAGUGCAUUUAUCAAUUAUGAGUUUAAUUUUCUCAACUGAAGAAGGAUGGAUAAUAUCUCAUUUAAAAUACCUUAAUAAUAUUUAUACAAAUGUGAAAAAUGACAACACACAAUGUAAACUAAUUUUUAAUGAAAUAUUAUUUGAUAUAAAUUCUCAGUAUUUACGACAAAAUCAAACAAUUCAAUCAGAACAACAAGAAGGAAUUUCAUUACAAAAUAAGACUAAAAAAAGGAAGCGAUUAAAACUUUUACCAGAUGAAGAUUUAAAAGAAAUAAAUUACAUCAAGAAAACAUUUAACAAAAUAAUUUCGAUUGUAAAAACAGAGGGGUUAUUUUCUACUAAUGUAUCAUCUGAUAACAAUGAAGCAGCACGCUUGAUUUCUCAAAAAUUUUAUCAGGAUACAUUUUGCAAUAAAGAGGAAAAUUUUUAUGGUUGCAACGAUAUGGAUAUAGCUGUUACAUCAGAAUUAAAGGAAAAAAGAUAUGUUUUUCCUCAAAAAUGUAAAUUUUAUUGCUAUGAUGUGAGAGACAUUGCAAAUAAACUGGACCUAAAUAACCAAUAUGAUUUUAUAUUGUUGGAUCCUCCUUGGUGGAACAAGUCUAUAAGAAGAAAAAAAACCAAAUAUUCACAAGCUAGCUACAAAAUGAUGUAUAAUGAAGAAUUGGCCAAAAUACCAAUUGGCAAAUUAUUAUGUUCAAAUGGGGUUGUGGCAAUAUGGUGUACCAAUGCUCCAAGUCAUCUACAUAGUAUUUUUAAUGAUAUAUUUCCAUCAUGGGGUGUUACAUACAGAGCAAAAUGGUAUUGGGUUAAAAUUACUCAAGGAGGAAAUACAAUAUGUAAUUUUAAUUUUGCUCCUGGUAAACAACCUUAUGAAUUGUUAGUUCUAGGGUCUGUAUUACAUGGAAAUGAAAUAAAUAUUCCUAAUGGUAAACUAUUGAUAAGUGUACCAAGUGCUGUACAUUCUCAUAAACCACCACUUACAGAAGUUAUGAAAGAUUAUCUUCCAAAUGAACCAAGAUGUUUAGAAAUAUUUGCUAGAUAUUUACUUCCUAAAUGGACAAGCUGGGGUCUUGAAGUAUUAAAAUUUCAACACUUAUCAUUAUAUACAAAAGAAACAAAAGAAACUCAAAACAAUAUUAACACAGAUGUAAAUAAGUUAAUUAAUUAGUAUUAAAUUAAAAAAGAAGAAAAUAUUCCAAUAUUGUUGAUUUUAUAUUGCAUUUUUUAUUAUCAUAAAUUAAUGAUGUUUUAAUAAUAGUGAAGUAACAGUAUUACAAAGUGCCAUUUACAUGCUCCAUAAUACCAUUUUUUACUGAACUACGAUAACCAUGUGGAUUCAUCAUUUGCCAUCUCCAGAAAUCCUCACCUAAGUUAAAGAAAUAUUAAACAAGAAAUCUUAUUUCGAUGCGAAAAUGUAAUGAAAAUAUUAUUUUACUUACACAUGCGUUCAACAUUAUAUUUAGCCUUCCAUCCUAAUUCUUUUUCUGCUAAAUCUGUAUUCGCAUACAUUGAUACAAUAUCACCCUCUCUUCUUUGUUUUAUAACAUAUGGCACCGUUGUUCCUGUGAUAUUCUCAAAAGUUUUAAUUAAUUCAAGUACAGACACUCCUUUACCAGUACCUAAAUUAUAAAUUUUUAGCCUCAAAUGUCGUUUAUGUAAAGCAUUUAAAGCUGCUACAUGACCAGCAGCUAAAUCCAUAACGUGAAUAUAAUCACGGAUGCCUAUAAAAAAUAAAUAUUUCACUAUUUUUUAUUUUAAAUAGUAUGUGUUUACGAUAUUGUAUGAGAAAUAAGAAAAUUUAUUCAUACCUGUACCAUCUUUUGUAGAGUAAUCACCUCCAAAAAUAACGAGUUCAGGCUUAUGUCUUAAAGCUACUUGCGCUAUAUAAGGCAUUAAAUUCGUAAAUGGUUUUGUGGGAUCUUCUCCAAUCAAACCACUUUGAUGAGCACCUACUGGAUUGAAAUAUCUUAGUGAAAUGAUAUUCCAAUUCUGUUAAAUAAAAAUCAAGAUUUUAUACAUAUUUUAUUCAAAAUAUUCAUUAUUAAUGAAACUUUAAAUAGUUUAAUUUUUCUGAUUUUUUCGAAAUUUAAAUUUAAAAUGUACCUUUUCAGCUCUUGAUACAUCUUUAAGCAUUUCUUCGAUAAAAUACUUUGUUCUACCAUAUACAUUUGUAAUAUUUCCCGUCGGGUGUUCUUCCGUAAUUGGAAGUUCGUUUGGCUCGCCAUACACAGUACAAGAACUACUAAAUACUAAUUGAAAGCAUCCAGCAGCCUUCAUUACCUUAUAAAAAGAUUAAAAAAGAUUUAUUAUACUAUACUAUAGUUAUUAAUUUAUAGUUAGAAAUUUAUUAUUAUACUAUAAAAAUAUAUAUAAAGAUUUAUUCAAUUAUAUUUAUACCUCUAGCAAAUUAAUGGCACCGAUGAUAUUAUUUCGGUAAUAAUGCAACGGCACUUGCAUUGAUUCACCAACCGCUUUUAUUGCCGCAAAAUGAAUUACACAAUCUAUUUUAUGCUAAAAUUUAACAUAUAGUAUGAUUAAUGAAAAAAAUAUUACAAAAAUAAGAUAAUUCUUUUUUAAAUUAUAUUUUAUACCUUGUUAAAAACUGUUUCAAGUUUGUCUCGAUCAAUGAGAUCACAAUUAUAAAAUAUAACUUUUUUCCCGGUAAUUUGUUCCACUCUUUUAAGAGCUGCGGACUCACCGGUAUUUUCAGUAACACUAUUAGCAAAAUUAUCUAUUGCAACAACAUUAUAUCCACUCUCUAAAAGUUCGACGAUGCAAUGACUUCCAAUGUAACCAGCACCUCCGGUUACAAAAAUAGUUUUCCAAUCUUUGGUCAUAUUGCUAUUGGAAAAUAUUAUUAUAUAUUUAUGUAACAUGUAUAAUAUAUCUUCUUAAACAUUUUACAAUAGUACUGUAAAAAUUAUCAUAUUUAAAUUUGUAAUUUAAUCCUUAAAAAAAUUUUUUAAAUUGAACUAUUAUGCAUAAGGGGAAAUUUUUUUUUUAAUCAUAUGUAUUAUCUUUUUUUACGACCACAUUAGAAUUAUAUCUGUAUUCGAUCGAAAUUGUUUUCAUUGCAUAUAUUUCAUAUACUACAUAUAUUUAUACAAACGAAAAUAGUAAAUAUAGUUUGUAAUAAGUACAAGGUAAAGUAUGCAGGUGUUUCUCGGACAUUCACCUGUAUCGUACAGAGUUCAAGGUCAUCAAAACAUAUGAUAAAUUACUGUAAUAAUUCCUGGAUGAUAAUUACAAAUAUAUUCAUUACAUAGGAAUUUAGUUAAUAUAAAAUUAAAAACAAUCAAUUUGCUCUGUCAAACAUUUAACUCAGAAUUAAUAAAGUUUUUAUUUAUCAUAUUUUUAAAAAUCUUUUAUAAAGUAUAGUCUUUUAGAAAGUAAUAUCUUUAUAAAGUUAUAUCUUUUAGAAAGAAGUAAAAAAUUUAUUUUAGGAAAAAUUUAAAAAAAUAUUAGUUUUGUUAAUCACUAGGCAAAGAUACUAAAUAUGUAUUCAAAGUUUGACUAUUGUAUUUAACGGUACUCUACAGAACCAGAUACUUUCGGCACUUAACGUUCAUUUACGCAAUAGAAAUAUGGAUAAAAGAAAUUUAACUUUUCAUUCUUUUUUUUUAUACAGAAA